AUUACGAGUAAAAAGUUUGAAGUGGCGGAUAAAUCAUCGAAGUGACAUGUCAAUCGCUGGCAAGAAAAACUUACCUGUGCAAUCGUGAAGUCCAUACUGCACAUCCCGGUCGAAUUUCACGUGCGAGGAACGCUUUGACGAGAUAUAUUUGGAAACGAAAUAGAGCACAAACCACAAACAUAAUGGCGAAUGUUUUAAAGUUAAUGUCGAACUUUUUUCGAAAAUCUCGAUUCCCUAGACAGACAACGAUAAAUUUUAAUUCCCAUUUCUCCAGUGUUACCAAAGAUUUGGUUCGUUCAUUACCAAAGGAACAAACAACGGCCAUACAUAAUCAAGACAUCCUCUUGGGCUCUCUGAAAACAGCCUCGACUACUUCUAACAUAUUGGAAAUUGUCAAGUCUCAUGCAGUUGUAAUGAACAACAAGCAUCUAAUGCAAGCACUUCGCUCACUUUUCACAUUACAAAAAAGUGGCCAGUCUCAACUAUCAACACAACAAAUUUUAAAACAUCCCGACUUUCACUUAUUGUGCCGAACUCUACGCAAACAUUCAGGUGUCAUCGAAUUAAAUGAAACAAUUGAAGCGCUGAAAGUCGUCAGUUAUGUUGGCGUAGCCUCAGACAGUACAAUAGUACAAGUUUUAUUACAACUUCUUCGCCACCAAGUAAACUACCUUACGCUGCCACAAAUCAUAUUUCUUGAUUUUCUUCUGGCACAAAUGAAAGCUACUCCAUUGAUCGAAGCGAUGCAAUUGGCGCUGCCUUUGAUAUUCGAAAUUCAAUUGUCGACUAAACUAGACAGGGACAAUAUUAACCAUAUGGCCGAUUGUUUACUUUUUGCGACCAAGAAGAACGUAUCAGCUAAGUGUGUGGAAAACUUAGUUAGUUCGAUAAGUCGGUAUAAUGGACCAAUGGAAACUAAGACUGCGAUGAGUAUAUUAUGGUCGUUAUGCGAUUUCAAACCCGAUGAGUUGUUUGAACCCUUGGUCACACGUCUAAUCGAAGAUUUGAUUGUGGAUAUCGACGCACUGAAUUACGGAGAUAUUGAGACGACGCUAACGAAGCUUACCAAUCGCUAUAGUAGUAAAUAUCCGUUUUAUUACAACGAUAUAUUUUGUGAUUUAGUUGCAAAUUAUGUGAUGGAUCAAGAUUUAGGAUGCGAAGCUGCAGUAUUCGUAUUAAAAAAGCUGCACAAAGUGUAUCAUACCAACGAUAAAUUACUUAAUUAUGUAUCAAAGAAAUUUAUGGACGAUCCAGAUCUUUUCCACAAUGGUGAUCCCAUGAUGGGUUUUAACUUCAUCAAUUUCUUGGCGCUCAGUGAUUUCCGACCGAUUCAUUGGCCAGAAAUUAAAAUGAUGAUUGCUACGACGAAUAUGUUCAAGAAUGCAGGAAGGCGCGAAAUCAUUUGGUUGCGGUUAGCUGCCAACAUGUGCAUGCUAAAUAUUUACAAAACCGAUGUGUUAGAAUCGGCCUUCAGAGACAAUUAUAUCCAAAAAGUGUUUAAAACUAAUUAUCAAUCAGACUAUGAAAAUCUGAUUCUGCUCAACCAAGCUAUUAUGACUUACAAGAUAGACAUUCAAAACAUCAUGCCUAGUCCACAAGCACUUCAAGCUGCUGCAAAUAAAUUGAAACUUCCCUUCGAAUAUCCAUUGGAGGGUGCGUUACUAAAUGUUUUUGGUGGUGAUAAAUAUGUGAAGACUGGAGUUAAAACAAAGUUAUAUCAUCAUAUAGAUCAUUUAAUUAUGUUACGCAAAGGAGGUUUUCCCGUGGCGUUUGCAUCAUCCAAUUCACCGAAUUAUUUAGAGGAUGUAGUAUUAACGGAAGAUUCACAGAUGAUAGCAAUAAUGGGCUUGUAUGCUCAUCAUUUUACAUCAAACAGCAAAAGGCUGAAAAGUAAAGUAGGACUGACGUUACGAACGUUGGAAAGUCAGGGAUGUUUAGUGAUUCCUAUUAAUAUCACGGACUGGUUACAAUUGCCUGAAUUUGAACGAAUUCCGUACCUGAUGCGAUUGAUCAAAGAGAAAACUAAUGAACAGGAUUUAGCUUCCAAAGAUAUUUUGUAAAGUUUUGUUAAUAAAAAGUAAUAAAUUCAAA